CUCGAGGAUGGGCGCUCAUCUCUGGCGACCGUUGUAAACAACACAAGUACAACUAAUACAACUGAUACGAGUAGCAUCAAAAAGGAGAAAUCGUCAGGUUCGAGGAUGAGAAGAAGAUCGUUUUCCGCUUCGAAGAGCAUCAACGAGGAAGGAAGAAUGGGCGCUACAAAUCAUGAUGCAGCAAAGAAGAGUGCGAGUACUACUAGAAGUGGAUUGAGCAAUACUCUUCGCAACAAAGGAAACAGCACAAAAAGUAGUCGUUCUAGUGCGAGUGAGCGCCUUUCUCGUUCAGGCAGUUUUUCUGAACCAUCUGAUUCUGAGGAUGGUAACUGUGGCGAAGAAGAGCUGCAGGGCGAUUCACGUACUAGAACUAGUGUUAAGGGUACAUUAAAGGUGCUUUUGUUACCGUUUCUUAUGGCUCUCCUGAGGGGGACAGCCAUAACAAGCGGGAUAAACGAACACCAAAAACCUACCUCUAAUAGUGGCCCGCGACUUGGCGGCGACCAGCAAGAGUCUGACCAAAUGUAUUACCGUAGUAGUGCCCCACGAAGAUUGCGGAAACAGGAAUUACAUCCGCUGUACGACAAAGCGCGCUUAAAGCCAGUACGCCCUAGGGAUGAUCUCCAAGAAGUGCCUAGGAAAAGGACAACGCGAAGCUAUUGCAGUUCGAAUAACAGUCGGGCGUCGGCCUCUGACGAAAUAAAAGAGGUGCAGGGUGACUCUCCUUCAUCUUCGGUAGAGGGGACUGCAGUUGAGCACGAAGCAGAAGGCAUCAAGAACGCUGAUUCGAUCUUGUCGACCACAAGGCACAAUGAAGGUGACACUAAAAAGUACAAAACAAGUUGCAGUAGGGAGAGCGACGUGAUAGAUUCACGUAGUACGGUUGCUCCCUCAACAGUGUCCGCUUCUUCUUCGUCCAAACUGAGUGCUUUUAGUGACACUAAGCACUCCUCUUUUUUUCGACAAAGAACCCUAGGAUCUUUCGCUAGUCGUGCAACACUAUCGCCAAGCAACGCUGGUGACGUUGAAGGGUCGUCAGCUAGUCGUGCGACGCUGUCGAGUAAUGCUGAUGUCGAAGCGGUGGAAGAGGAAUCUAGUAGAUUAAGUUCCUCCUCUAGGAGAUGUAAAAUUCAAAAAGACGAUAUGCGCGGUCGGGAGACGGUGCGAGAUGACGGGACACCGAAUGAUGGAACACCAUUGAAAGAUGACCAUGAUAAAAAUAAAGAUCUUGAUCUUCAAACAUCGACUACUGCUUCUGAACCACCUACGGCUUCUACAACAGGUGCGAAAUACAUGAAGACGAAAUCCUUCAAGGCUUUGCAGGGACCAGCUGUUAAAGAGGAAAGCAAGAGUUCUGCAACGCCUAAGUUGGCGGGAUCAUCAGGUACCAGUACAACGUCUGCGGCUGCAAAAACCAACGCAGCUCCAACGUCUUCAUCCUCAACAACUUCCUCUGUAGGAGCUCAAUAUCUAGCUGUUUUGCGCAAGAGCAGAACGCGCCUCAAAAGUCCUCGGAAUACCAGGAAUAGCACGACUUCUGCGGGUCGGUCCAGUGCGGGGUCAGCUACAGAACCUCUCAGCCACAAAGGAAGAGAAGAGGUAGAGGCUGCCACUAAUUGUAAAACUGAUGAUAAUUAUUUAUCAAAAAUUACUUCCAAGAGCAAGGCAGCCUCAAAAAGUCCUCUUUCAUCUUCGAGUUCUCUACCAGCGAAUAAGAAGAAUACAGCGCUAGUAAAACCAAUAGUACGGCGUGAGAGUGGUCUUACUAUGUGGUACAAAGAAGGCGAAACUGCAGAAGGUGGUAGUGAAUCUCUAGACAAUUUUCCGGUAACGCCAAUAGCAUUAGAUGACGGGGAUCCAACAUCUGCUGAGGACGGUGCUAGCGCGUUGCUUACAGUGCCGCAGAUAAGGCAGAGCAAAUAGAUGACGCGUGCUCUUAUAGACUUCAUAGAAACAGAGCAGGAAAUGGAAAAAAAACUCACUCUAGAAAAUUGUUCUCCUAGAUAUUGAGAAAGAAGCACUUGAUUGAGUUGGAAAUUGUUCUCCUAGAUACUGAGAAAGAAGCACUUGAUACAGAAGUCAGUAUAAUAUUUUAAGCGGCCUUUCUAAGCCUUAGCAUGGGCAGCGUCGCCUCUCGCGGGAAGCGAUCGCUUGCAGAUUGGUAUGCGGAUGACGACAACGACGAUACGACAGCUGAUGUAGUUGGACCUCAUCAAGCGUCUACUUCGUCUUGGAGUAAAGAUGAUAUGGGAGACGGAACAAGUGCGGAGGUGGAGCUGCCCGUUGGCGUUACGCAUUAUCAUAUGGAUUAAACUACGCGGCUAUAGUACUUAUAAGAAGUUUUCGUGGAGGACUUUAUCCACUGUUGAGCCGUUUUUGGCAUUUUGAAGAGUACCGAGGAAGUGAUCGGUUCAGUUCAAGACCCCAGGUUGUAGUAGUCGCAAGUAGAUUACAGCACUGUCUCAUUAAAAAAAUUUUCGUUCAAUAAUUGUUUAUCCAUCUUCUCAAUACUGAAAAUCAUCAUCGAUCUACCUAAAUCGAGCUUCCUAGCAUGAGCUCUGGCUUGCUUAUUAUCAUUCAACAUUCAACAUCUUACACUGAUUCUGUCCAGGGUGUCAUGGGUUAUUUACAAUUUGUAGGCAUCCGCUUCGAGUCUUGAUUCUCUUUCUUCAUCGAUACAGCAUAGAUUCUUCUUGGGCAUGACGACGAGCAAAGGGGGCAGUCCCACAUCUGCUUCCAUAGAUUACAGAUCGCACAACAAAAGAGCCAUGGGGAACUACAUGAAGGGAUGCACACAAUUACUUACAUGACGAUCUUAGAAAACCCCUUCAUGCCACAAUUACUUAGACAUGAUGAUCUUAGAAAACCGGUUUUCGUUCAAUCGCAAGUUGAACAAAUACACAAAUAAAGACCAAACAACAUCAACUAAAGUCAAAUUCAGAAGUACCUGUCUUCUGCCCUCUGC